AUGCAAAAAUUGGAAUUUGGAUUGACAAGAUCGGGAAUAAAUCAUUGUGCAAUGGAAAUCGUGUGCAGUGAUAAACGUGAUCAUUCAUUUACUAACAAAGGGCUUUGUGGUCACGUUUUUAUGAAAAAUCAUCCAGAUUUAUCUUUUCGUGUACCUCAGGCUUUAUCAGAAGCACAUGCACAAAGAGGAAACCUGAUUAUUAUAAAUGAUUAUUUUAAAAAACUUCAAAUAAUAAUUCAAGAGCACUCACUUACUGCAGAUUGUAUUUGGAACAUGGAUGAGACCGGAUUUGCCCUUUCCCCCAAAAUCCAGAAGGUUCUUUCUAAAAAAGGUGCUCGGCAAGUUCAUAAAAUCUCACAUGGCAAUGUAAACGAUCAUAUCUCCGUUGCUCCAACAAUUUUGGCUGCCGGUGAAUAUGUUCCUCCAUUAAUUAUCUACAAAUGUAUUCACAUGAUUCCAGGUUUAUUGACUGGAGCUCCAGCUGGUAGUGUCAUGGGAUUUACUGACUCCGGGUACAUGAAAGAGAAUCUCUUUCAAAUGUAUAUCAACCACUUUAUUAAUUUGAUUCCACCUGUUUGCCCAGUUCUUCUGAUAUUUGAUGGUCACAAGAGUCACGUUAAUUAUUUAAGUGUUAACUUUUGUCAUGAAAAUGGAAUUUUAUUAUUCACACUUCCACCCCACACUACGCACAUUCUUCAGCCAUCUGAAAUUCCGUUUGCUAAACUUAAAAAAGAGUAUAGUAAAAGAUGUGAUGAGCUUUAUAGUAGUAGUGGCGAACUAGUGACAAAACGUACAUUUGCUAAAGUACUUGGAAAAGCUUUUAAUACAACCUACACUCCUACGGCAAUUACCAACGCUUAUAAAGCUACGGGAAUCUGGCCUUUUAAUCCCACUGCAAUUAUAACUGAACAACCCCAAGAAAUCGACGAUAUACCUCUGGAAACUGACGAAGAAGCUCCAGAAAUUGACGAAGAAGCUCCAGAAACUGAAGAAGAAACUCCAGAAACUGUUGAUGAAAUAUCUCAACCGACCCAUACAUAUUCCACUAGAGCUAGUAUUGUUGAAAAGAUGGAACUACUAGAAGAAAAAAUCGUAACUCUUAAAGAAGAAAAUAAAUCGUUAAAAGAUGAAAUUUUAUUAUUAAAAAGGAGCAAUUCAUCAAUUCAAGAAGAACUACAAACCUUUAAGAGUCCUGGUACUUGCCCAUUGAAGCUUGUGCUGAAAUAUCCUACUCCUCGACUUCCACAAUUCACUAAUGAAUUAAAGACUAGCGAUGGCGAUGCUUUAGUCCGACCACAAAAGAGAAGGAAAACCUUGCCGUUUGCUCAGCUUAUUACCAAUGAAGAAUCGUUGCAAGCAUUAAGGGAAACAGAAGAAUUAGCACAACAGAAAAAAGAAGCAGCUCAGCGAAAAAAAGAGGAAGCUCAAAGGAAAAAGGAGGAAGCGCAAAGGAAACGAACCGAAAGAGAACUGGAGAAGACAAAAACAAAAUAA